UGGAGAGCUCCUGCCGGGUUGAACUCUCCAGCAACUGAUGGUAGCUUCAAGAAGUCACAGUUAUGGUUAAAGGGGGGAUCCAGUGAGAGGGUCAAUCAAGGCAAGUAGGAAAUGGGACAACCAACCAUUGAAGUGGAGUGUGUGACUAGACAGAAAACACGUCCUUGCGUUGAAGGGACAAGAAGAUAAGGGCGCACAUGAGAUGCCUACAAGAUCACCAGCCCCCCGAGGAGUGACGUGCGUUGACAUAAAGUUGGAAGGCUUCCCAACACAAGUUGUCUUGCUCCUUGUGUGGCUAUGUUUUGGUUUGUACCAAAACCAUUAUGUACGAAACAUAGAGAAAGGACUAAAGGAAUACCUCUACGCCACCUUCAAACUCAACCCUCCCCCACCACCUAGAAAUGAAAAGACGACCUCAAUAGACGCUUUAUCAUCCACUAGAACAUAUCUCAUCUCUGACUCAAUUCUCAUGCUCAAUCAUUCACUCUUGGUAUCCUAGGAAAAGCAAUGGUUUUUUCUAUUGUAAAUUGGGAAUUAAAUAUUUUUAUAAUAUUUAUUCAUACCCAAGUGUCAUUACUUUGAAUCUUUGCUAAAUUUCGAUAUGGUAAUGAAUACAAAGGGGAAGAGAUUAAUUUGGGUUUAUCAUAUACCAUCAAAUAUAGUAACAAAGAUUGUAAUGAGUUGGAUGAAACUGCCGACUAUUUUUGAUAUGGACCCCAAUUUCAGAAUAAUAUACAACUCAAGUGAUGUAUUAAAUUAUUAAGAACCCAUUAUUAAUAGAUUGUGGGGUUGGGCCUUGUGGCACGAGGAAGCAUUCACACGUAAGGAGCACAUAGGAUAUGCACAAAACCACAGAAUACCAUAAAUUUUGCAAACCUCGAUCCCAAACGACGUGUGUUGAAGUCCAAAGGGUUGGAGAGAGUCCCAAUCCCGGAGGUUCGUCUGUUUUUGCCGAAGGGAAAAUUUCUGAUACCCAUUUCGCAAAUCAAUCAGCAAUGACUAUGGGCAAUGAGACUGUGUUCUCAAAACUAUCCGACGACGUGGUUCUUAGCAUAUUGUUCAAGCUCGAAGACGACCCUCGAUACUGGGCACGCCUCGCAUGCGUCUGCACCAAAUUCUCCUCUCUAAUCCGCAAUGUUUGUUGGAAAACCAAAUGCUCCCAAACCAUCCCUUCCAUUGUCGCCGAUCUCUUCUCCGGCCCCGGCGACUCAUCCCCGCCUGGAGGCUGGGCGGCGCUGCACAAGCUCUCUGUUUGUUGCCCGGGACUCCUCCACUCUGGCGUCCUCUUAGAGAAUUCCGAUUUUGGUCUGGAGCGCGAGCUCGGGCCCGAUGAGGAUUAUCGGAAAGCGGGUUCGUUUCAGAUCACUGUUGGAGAUGCGACAACCCCAGCUGUGGCGUCUUCGAGCCACCAUGAUGGUAAUUCAGAAGUUUCUGAUUCAUGUUCUUGGUCUUUGUUUGACGAUCUUUACUUUGAUACUUUGUACAAUGUAUCUGAAACCAUGGAUGAGACUCAAAUUGGUGUGGAGGUUGAGAACGGUGCGGUGAAAGUGGGUGGAGAUUUGCCUGUUUCUAAGACAGUGAAGAGCUGCAGACCUCUGAGGUCACAUUUGGCUUCUGGAGUGUGGAAUUUGAGUCGUGAACAGGGCAAUAAGCUUCUUGCGAGUCGCUUUCGGGGGGAUUGUUUGUACAUUUGUGACUGGCCUGGGUGCGUUCACGUGGAAGAGAAGCGAAACUAUAUGCUCUUUAGAGGGGUUUUUAAGAAUUUCAAGCGGUCUAGAGUUUGGAGGACCAUAAAUGAUGGGAAUCGGAGCAAGGUUGAUCUGAAUUGUGCUUUUUGUCCAUGUAAGGAGACUUGGGAUCUGCAUUCUGCCUUCUGUUUGAGGCGAGGUUUUGGGUACCAUGAUGAUGGGGAGCCAGUUGUUCGAGCUUAUGUUUGUGAGAAUGGGCAUGUCUCUGGGGCAUGGACUGAGUACCCAUUGUACACUUAGACGUGGUAUCCUCAAUCUGCCAGUAUGAUAAUAUUUUCUCGGGUUAUUUGUUGCUCUGCCAUCUCUAUUGGGCAGAGAGAGUAUUUAAGAAAUGUUAUUGAAUAUUAGGUAUGUUUGAACCUUUUUCUUAUGUAUGGUUUUAUCAUUGCUGCUUAUCUUUCACUUGAAAUGGAUUUUUAAGUUCUAGUUGUGCUUUCAA